AUACCAUCAUCAUGUCAUCAGAAAGACUGGUAGAGAUACCAGCGUUAAAUGAAUUUAGAUUAGAAUUAGAUAUUAAAGAUGAGCUUAGUAUAAAGCUAAUAAAUGGUAGAGCUGAAUUGAACGGAUUUGAACUCAGUUUAGAUAAGUGGACGACCCUCAAAGAUGAGUUGAAAUGCUCUAUAUACACCUGGAUUGGAUGUACAUUAGAAAUAAAAGGUCAAAGUUUAGUAGAAUAUAUCUCAAAUGAGACUCCUUUGAUUAGUUACUUGAAUCUACACCUUGCGUUCGAGCAGCAGCGUAUAAAAGCUAGAACUACGAAUAAAGAAUAUACACCCUCACCUGAGAAACCUAAUGAGAGAUUACCAGGCUAUGUAAAUUCUAUCGACCAGUCUAGUUCUGGGUAUCGUGUUAUGGUUAUUGGACAGGAAGACAGUGGAAAGUCCACUUUGUCAAAGACACUCUUGAACUAUACAGCCAGAACAGGUAAAGGAUGGACGCCAAUAUUAGUGAAUUUAGAUCCAUCUGAUGGUGGUCCAUUACCUCCUGGAACUAUCUCAGCAACAGCUUAUUCAACAUCUACACAAACAACUUCACCAGUCAAUGCAUUCGGUUCAAGUUCGACUUCUGGUGCAUCAUUAGACAACUCUUCAGCAUUGAUACCACAGGCUUUGCCAUAUGCACACGCCUCACCUGCACGCAAUUCAAAAGUAUACAAAUCUAUUGUAGAAGCUAUUGCAAGAAGAUUGGAUAUGCGUUUAGAGAGAGACUCAAAAGGUAAAGCAUCUGGUGUAUUUAUUGACACACCCGCCGCAUUCUCCUUACCAAACAUUGGAUCCGAGGACAAGAAUAACAAGUAUGAAUUGAUUAAACAUGCUUUACAUGUUUUCAGAGUUGAUGUACUGCUGGUAAUUGGUCACGAGAAGCUCUACAUUGAAAUGCAAAGACUACAGAAAACAUUAGAUCCAAAAAUUGGUCAAAAUCUUAAAGUGUUGAAGGUACCUAAAUCAGGAGGUGCAGUUGAAACGGAUGAUGCAUACAGAUCAAGAGUACAAGCAGGUCAAAUUAAGUCAUUUUUCUAUGGAAAUCUAUCGAAUCCAUCUGAUGAACAAUUAUCACCACAAUCAAUGACAAUAAAGAUAGAUAAUUUAAAGGUUUUUAGAAUUACUGAAGAUAAAGUUGCACCUACGUCAGCCUUACCUAUUGGUGCAAGUAGGGUACUCGAGAAUACUCAACUUGAAAGAGUAAAUUUUGAAAGUUCAUCACAACUUUUGACACUUGUUCACUCAUUAUUGUAUCUCGUCAAAUGGCCAGACGUGAAUGAUGUUCUGAACAAACACGCGAAGGAAUAUGAGGGAGAUCUUGCUAGUAAAGAUCUCAUUAGGGCCGAUUUGGUUGGAUUUUUGAUUGUUACUGCAAUUGAUAGUGUUAAACGUACUAUCACAGUAUUGGCGCCUUCACCUGGAAGAUUACCAUCGCUUACUGCAGUCUAUGGUUCAUUUGAAUGGCAGGACACUUGA